AUGGCUGCCAACAUAAAGCUGGCAUCAGUAUGCGAGUCAACAUUUAAAUUUGCAUCCACAUACUCAGACCACGUAGUUUUACAGAAGGGGCCUCAAGGUGCAAUUGUAUGGGGCAAAUCAACGAAACUAGGAGAUAAUGUCCAUGUUUCACUGAAUGGUCACGAAGUUGCCCAUAGCAACGUUACUCAUGACACAAACGGUGGGAUGAUUUGGGUUGUAAAGAUUGUUAUGACAUCACACAAUUACGGUCCGUACAACCUUACAGCGAGAUCAAGUUUAGGUGUGAUAACCUUACAUGAUGUAAUGUUUGGCGAUGUGUGGUUGUGCUCUGGCCAAAGUAACAUGGAAUUCACACUCAGUCAGCUUAUAAAUAGUACAUCAGAGUACGCGGACGCUUCAAACUACCAAAAUGUUCGAGUAUUCAGGGCCCAACAUUUCCAUUCAUCAUCAAGUCUGGAGGACUUCCAAGCACAUAACAUUGUGCCCUGGGCAAAGCCUUCACAAUCUUCCUUGACGAGCUUUUCUGCUAUAUGUUGGCUGUUCGGAAAGCGUCUGUCGUCACAAUUUGGAUAUCCGAUUGGACUAAUAGAAUCAAAUUUUGGUGGAACAAAAAUUGAGUGGUGGUCUUCACAAGACGCUCUUGCCCAAUGUCCAAAUGUGAAAAGAGCACACAAUUUUGACGACUCCGCACUGUGGAAUGGUAUGAUUAGCCCUUUACUAAGGAAUACUAUAUACGGGACUAUUUGGUACCAAGGCGAGUCAAACUUGAAUAAACCCGGUAAAUACGGCUGCCAGUUUCCUGCCAUGAUUAAGGACUGGAGGCAGAAAUUUAGCACCGCUUCACUACAGACGACUUCCCCCAACUUUCCGUUUGGAUUUGUACAGCUUGCAGGGAACCACAACGGCACAAACGGCACUUUUUUCGGAUGGAUGAGAUGGAUGCAGACAGCAGGGUAUGGGAGAGUGCCGAACGCCAAGAUGCCGCAAACGUUUAUGGCAGUAGCAAUGGAUUUGCCAGACUUUAAAUCACCUUAUGGAACCAUCCAUCCUCGGUUCAAACAUGACGUAGCUUCCCGUCUGGCCCUAUCAGCUCUUGGUGUUGCAUAUCACCAGUCCGGACUAGAGUACCAAGGGCCGUAUCCCUCUAAUUAUCACAAGGCUGGUCACUCUCUAAAUAUAGAAUAUGACCAAGGACGAACGCCCAUCAGAGUGAAUACUAACGUCAGUAACUUCGAGAUUUGCUGUUCUUAUCGUGAAUGUAACUUAAACUACGGUGUGUGGUUACCAAGUCCAAUUACGUCACACGAUAUCUCAUCUAUCACGUUUGAUACAAGUGCCUGUGGUCACGUUCCGGUAUCAGCCAUUCGAUAUGCUUGGCGGGAAAGUCCAUGUGACUUUAAGGAGUGCGCCGUAUACGGAAGAGAUAAUGAUCUUCCAGGACCACCGUUCUUUCACAGUUUUCAUUAA